UUUCUUCUUAAAUUCUUUUCAAAAUGCAUACUUUUGCGAAGGAGUGCUAAACCUAAAAAAAAAGGUCUAGAAAGUCAUUGUCUUAGGAUUCCUUUUUAUGUCUAGCAAAAGUUCUGACACCGUGUUUUUGGUUCCAGACCUUUUAAGCUUAUUAUUUUUCUUAUGCUUAUUUUCAUUUUAGAUCUUUGUUUCAACUUAGUUUGUAUAUCUGAAAUUCAUUUAGAUUUUUAGUAGUUUAACAAUUACUUACUUUUCUUGCAAUCUUAGUUUUUCUUGAUUACAUUGGUUUGAAGGAAUCCUUAGAAACAUAUCUAAGGCAUUUUGUCAUUUAACCCAUUUAGUGCAGGAAGUACAUCCUUUGUUUUUGCCAAUCGUCUAAUCAUUAAGGUAUAAUCUAUGAUGUUCUUCCAUUAACUUAUGACUAAAUUCUAUGCUUGGGAAAAAGAGAGGGCUGUCAGAAAACUCUUUUUAGUUUUAAGCAAAACAAGUGGUUACUUCUCAGGAGAGAAAGGAGUUAGGCAAGGGGAUCCCUUAUCCCUAUACAUUUUUGUGGUAUGCAUGGAGGUCCUUUCUCGUAUGUUGAACAAAGCUGUUGAGGAAGGAAAAUUUGCUUAUCACCCUAAAUGCAAAAAUGUGCAGCUUACACACUUAUGUUUUGCUGAUGAUCUCAUGAUAUUUACAGAUGGUAGCCUAGCCUCUCUAAAUGCAAUUGAUGUUGUCUUGACGCAUUUCUAUAAGGUUUAUGGCCUGAGAGUGAACUAUGCUAAGUCAGAAUUGUUCUGUUGUGGGUUAUCUACAUCAAAUACCCAGUUGCUUGCUGCAAAAUUUGGUUUCAAGAUUGGUACACUGCCAGUAAGAUAUUUAGGAGUACCAUUGAUCACGGGAAAGCUUGCAAAGAAGGAUCUCAGGCCUUUAGUCUCUAAAAUCACUGAGAGAAUGUCCUCCUGGGCUGCUAAACAUCUCUCCUUUGCUGGUAGAUUACAACUAAUCUCCUCGAUAAUUCAAGGCAUCACCAAUUUUUGGUGUUCUGUUUUCAUACUGCCUAAAGGGAUUAUUAAAGAAGUGGAAAAGAUAUGUGGCGCUUUUCUUUGGAAUAAUGAAACUUGCAGUGCUAGAGUGGCUAAGGUGAGCUGGUUGCAUGUCUGUACUCCAAAACAGGAAGGGGGUUUAGGACUCCGGAACUUAGUUCAAUGGAAUCAAGCUUGCAUUUUAAAGUUUAUAUGGCUAUUAUUCUCAAAGGCAUGUUCUGUUUGGGUUGCUUGGGUCCAGGAAAACUUACUUAAGGGUAGAAGCUUUUGGUCUAUUAAUAUUCCUUCUGAUGCUUCUUGGGGAUGGAGGAAAAUUUUAAAACUAAGGCCAUUAGCUAAAGGGCUAAUCCGGCACAUACCAGGGAAUGGCCAAAACACUUAUCUCUGGCAUGAUAAUUGGCACCCUGCUGGCCCACUGUUAGAAGUUUAUGGAAACUCUAUUGUUCAUGAUUCAGGGAUAUCUUCCCAAGCUAAACUAGCCAGUGUUAUAAGUGGUAGAUUUUGGAAUUGACCUCCUGCUAGAUCUCCCCAAUUGGUGGAAAUUCAAAUACCUCUUUUUGAUAUUCAUCCUAGGGAGGGUGAAAAUGAUUCAGUUAUUUGGUUGACCUCCCCAUUUGGACCUUUCCAAACUGGUCAGACUUGGCAUUGGUUGAGACAUAAGCAGCCCAAGAAGGUAUGGCAUAAACUUGUUUGGUUUCCUCAUGCUAUCCCUAAGCAUACCUUCAUAGGUUGGCUAGCCAUACUUAAUAGAUUGACUACAAAAGCUAGACAAAAGCAAUGGACCCCUACCAUCUCAGAUACUUGUAUCCUAUGCAAUAAUAACUCAGAAACUUCCGAGCACUUGUUCUUUAAGUGCAGUUAUGCUAACACAAUAUGGAGGCAGAUUAGUACUAUGAUCAAUAUUCCCUUUGUGGACUCUUGGCAAGACUUAUUACAUUGGAUGGGGAAAAGGGUCAGAAGAAAAUCUUUGCUUAGCAUUUUGAUCAAACUCUCAUGGAAUGCAACAAUCUACAACAUUUGGAUGGAAAGAAACAGAAGAGUUCAUCUACAGCUCUUUAGAAGUGAGAGUACAAUCCUUCAUGAGAUUCAGUUUGAGGUUAGAGCUAGAAUGCUGGAGUUUGCUCGCCUAAGGUCUUCAUCACUUCCUAAGGCUAUUGCAAUUCAAUGGGGACUUGAAACUAUUGUGACAGACUAGUUUCUGGGUAAUAGUAGAAUGUGUACUAACUAUUGUGUAUUUUCUUAGCCUUUUCUUUCUUGUAGCAGCUCAUGUGCUUCUUUAUGUUGUAAGUAUUUCUGGAUAAAUAAAAACAAAUUCGAAAAGGGGUUCUAAACUUAUGAAGAUGGUUUGUGAAUAAAGUUUGGAAGGCAAGUUGUACAUUCUAAAUCAAACUUGAUUCUUUCUAAAUUGAGGGCAAUGACUAGAGGCCUUAAUUAAGGCUUCUUGGAGAAUAAAUAAACGCCAUUGGAGGUU